AUGUCUGAGGACGAUGAUGAAAACAAAGGUUCUAAAUGCCAGGUUUUCUUUAACGAAAUAUGUGCCUGUCUUCCGUUAAAUUGCGUCAACAAAGAAACAAGACAUUGUGCUUGUGGUUAUACACUUGUUGAAGUAGAUAGAUUACCUGGAUAUGAAACCCUGAUCUCCAUCCCCGAUGAUCAUAGUGCGGAUGAAACCAGAAAUGAAUCAAUCUCUGAUGAACAUAUUAUGUCUGAUGAGGAGACAGAGAGAACGAAUGCCAAAAUUCCAGAAACCACCUCCCAAGUAUCGGUUCUUUCGAGGAGUCUAAACGUAACCUAUUCUAGUAAUAAUAAUCUUUAUUACCACCGUCCUACUGAUUAUCAUCAAUAUAACCACCGUCCUACUGAUAAUCACCCAUAUUACCACCGUCCUACUAAAAAUCGUCCAUAUUACCACCGUCCUACUGAUUAUCAUCCAUAUUACCACCGUCCUACUGAUUAUCAUCAAUAUAACCACCGUCCUACUGAUAAUCACCCAUAUUACCACCGUCCUACUAAUAAUCGUCCAUAUUACCACCGUCCUACUGAUUAUCAUCCAUAUUACCACCGUCCUACUGAUUAUCAUCAAUAUAACCACCGUCCUACUGAUAAUCACCCAUAUUACCACCGUCCUACUAAUAAUUGUCCAUAUUACCACCGUCCUACUGAUUAUCAUCCAUAUUACCACCGUCCUACUGAUUAUCAUCCAUAUUACCACCGUCCUACUGAUUAUCAUCCAUAUUACCGCCGUCCUAUUGAUAAUCAUCCAUAUUACCACCGUCCUACUAAUAAUCAUCCAUAUUACCCCCGUCCUACUGAUUAUCAUCCAUAUUACCACCGUCCUACUAAUAAUCAUCCAUAUUACCACCGUCCUACUGAUUAUCAUCCAUAUUACCACCGUCCUACUGAUUAUCAUCAAUAUAACCACCGUCCUACUGAUAAUCACCCAUAUUACCACCGUCCUACUAAUAAUUGUCCAUAUUACCACCGUCCUACUGAUUAUCAUCCAUAUUACCACCGUCCUACUGAUUAUCAUCCAUAUUACCACCGUCCUACUGAUUAUCAUCCAUAUUACCGCCGUCCUAUUGAUAAUCAUCCAUAUUACCACCGUCCUACUAAUAAUCAUCCAUAUUACCCCCGUCCUACUGAUUAUCAUCCAUAUUACCACCGUCCUACUAAUAAUCAUCCAUAUUACCACCUUCCUACUGAUAAUCAUCCAUAUUAUGAGCAACGUACUGAUUGUAAUCUAUAA